GAUAUCUUGCUUGGAAGAGCUGUGCAAGGUGCAGUUGAAGCAGAGCUGCUGUUGCAGACAGAAGAGGGGGCGUGUUUCAAGCCAUAUUAACCCCCACGUUUGCUUUUAUUAUUAUUAAUAUAAAGAAGGCAAUUAGGAAAACGCAAACCGUUAACACCAACACAAUCUCUUCCUGCUUUGGGGGUUAGGCUCUUAAUACCCAUUCCGAUGAAUUGCACCAGGGUCCUGCACAUCUUGAAUCCAAGACCAUUGCCAAACCCCAUUAUACCCGUUGAUGUAGCAAUGAGGCUCUGUCUUUCUCAUUCACCUCCCCUGAGGAGUUUCCUUAGCUCGUAUGAAGAUUGCAGAGGGAGAAACCUUGUGAACAGAUUGAAACCAAUGAGACCUUGUAUCAAUUUAAAAAACGAAUCAGAGGCAAAAAGCCCAGAAUGGAGAAGCCCCAAGCCCAAGUCAAAGAAACAAGUGGUGUUUGCAGAUUCAAAGGGUCUGUCACUUACUGCUAUUCACAUCUUCUCUGAGUUUGAAGAGAAUCUGAUGUCUGACCUGCAGUUUGAUCUGGCUGAUUUAGAAGACGCAACGGCUGGUUUGAAACUAAAUGAAGAAAAGAACUUGGUUCUGGAUUUUUCCCAGCCUGCUGCAGAUUACUUGGAAUUCAGGAAUCGGCUAAAAAAGAACUUUGUCAGCCUGGAAAACUGUUCCCUGCAGGAAAGAUCACUUGCUGGGACUGUAAAAGUGAGGAACGUAAGCUUCGAGAAAUCUGUCCAUAUCCGGAUAACCUUUGACACUUGGAAAAACUGCACAGAUGUUGAAUGUACCUUUAUGAACAAUGUUUAUGGUUGCUCUGAAACAGACACCUUCUCUUUCGUAGUUGACCUGCCUAAUGUUAUGGCUCCUCACGAGCGCAUUGAGUUCUGUGUUUGUUUCAAAAGCAAAGACCAAACAUACUGGGACAAUAAUGAUGGACAGAACUAUAGAGUGGUCCACACUGAAUGGAAAUCUGAUGGUAUUCAGGCUCCACCAUCCACCCAGAAUGAAAGUCCAUCCUAUAAAAAUCACAGUAAAAUUCAACAAGUGGAGUUUGAUCAGUUUGGUAGUCCAAGGACGUCCAAUGGACUAUUUCCCGAAUGGCAAAGUUGGGGCAGGUUUGAGAACACAGCCCCCUAUUGGUGAACCCCUGCAACACCUUUAAACACAUGAACACCAGCUGUUAUCUCAAAAGCUUUUGCAAUGCUUCUACAGGAAAUAAAACCCUAAAGGGUUAAAUGCUACUUGGAUCAAUAAUAGUAAAAAGUUGCAAAUAUUAUACAAAUAGUCAAAGUUAUCCAGAUAGAGGCCAACAUUGCUGUUGGGGUUGGGG